AAAUUAAAAAGAUUUAUCCAUUUUCAAACCUUAAAUUCAUGUGAACUAAAUAAGAGAGAAGGAAACGGUGAAUGUCAAUGUGCAAGAUGAAACCUAGAUCUGUGUUGGGUUCCAUCGAACCCAACAGAUGUAGGUUUGACAGAAAGAGAAGAAAGAGGGGAAGAAGGACAGGAAGAAGGGGUUCGAGGAACCCAGAUCUAUUGGGUUCGAUGGAACCUAAAAGAUCUGGGUUCGAUAGAGAGGGAAGAAGGAGAGGAAGAAGGAGGGGAAGAAAGAAAGAACGAAAGAAGGAAGGGAAGAAGGGGAUUGACGGAACCCAGAUCUACUGGGUUCCAUGGAACCCAACAGAUUUGGGUUUGACAAAGAGGGAAGAAAGAGGCGAAGAAGAUGGAUUGAGAGUGGGAGAUGUGUUGGUUCGCCAAUACCCAGCAUAGCCGAAUGAACCCAACUGUUGGGUUCUAUUUGGGUUCGGUGGGUAGGAAAGAAAGAAAGAGAAAGAGAAAGAGAAAGAGAAAGAGGGGGAAGAAGAUGGAUUGAAUUGAGAGGGUGAGGGUAAUAAGGUAAUUUUGUUUUU